AUGAUUAUCCUCUCGGAUAAUGGUACUUCUUUUGUUAAUCAAACAGUGAAAGAACUGUUGGAUCAAUAUGGAAUCAAGUUCCAUACUUCGAAUGUCUACUACCCUCAGGCAAAUGGACAGGCAAAAGCGACUAAUAAAACAUUGCUAAGGAUAUUAAGCCGUACCGUACAUGAUCACCAUAGGAGUUGGCAGGAGCAGCUACCCCUCGCACUUUGGGCAUAUCGCAUUUCCAAGAGAAGUUCAACCGGCGCCUCUCCUUACUCCUUGGUGUAUGGAGAAGACGCAACAUUGCCAGCAGAGAUUGCAAUUCCUUCCGCACGAGUGGCCAUGGCUAGCCUCACUACCCGGAUCAGCAUAAAUGAUGUAGUAAUGAAGAUCGCACCAUAUGUCCAGCGCAAUGAAAAGGCAGGAAAAUUUGCUGCAAAUUGGCAAGGUCCCUACGUGAUUAGCGAAGCUGCGAAAAGCGGAUACUACUAUCUCAAGCGGAUGAAUGGCUCACACAUCAACACUCCUAUCAAUGGUAAAUGGCUUAAAACUUAUUACGCUUAA